AGUAGCGGAAAGAAAUCGCGCCCAGCAGCUAGCGGCUGCUUGUGCAGCAUGCUAACAGGCCGCAUGAUGAUGAGCACGCAGUCUUCGUACAGAAUCAUUUAGCUAGCUUAGCUAGCCGCGGGGAAGUUUGAUUUUAAUGUCGCUUCAAAAAAUGCCGUCUGCUGUUUAGCACCUGUAAUUAAUCAAAUCAGUACCCAACUACCAUGCCAUAAGGGCUGAUAUUUGGUCAGCUAUUAAUAGCGUUGAGUAAUUAAGCUAACUAGUUAGCUUUGCUAAGUAGCGCACACAUGCUUCAUUCAUUUCCCAGAGCGGUUAGCAAACCAAAAUGCUAAAUGGCUAACAGACUUACAACAAGAGUUACUAGUUAAAUGGACAUACUUUAAACUAAACAACACAAACGAAAUCCAUCCCAGUGAUCAAAGACCGCAGUUCUGUACGAACAGCUAGGUUGCAGUUAUGGACUCCGGUGUGAUUGAAGGAGGGCUCAAUGUCACCCUUACCAUUAGGCUGCUCAUGCAUGGCAAGGAAGUCGGAAGUAUUAUCGGAAAGAAAGGUGAAUCUGUGAAGAAGAUGAGAGAAGAGAGCGGGGCUCGCAUCAACAUCUCUGAGGGCAAUUGUCCUGAGAGGAUCAUUACUUUGGCAGGUCCAACCACCGCCAUCUUUAAAGCAUUCUCCAUGAUCAUUGAAAAGCUGGAAGAGGACAUAAGCAGCUCAAUGACAAACAGCACAGCUACCAGCAAGCCCCCAGUGACCCUACGCAUUGUGGUGCCUGCCAGCCAGUGUGGCUCCCUCAUCGGGAAAGGUGGCUGCAAGAUCAAGGAAAUUCGAGAGUCAACUGGUGCUCAGGUACAAGUGGCAGGAGACAUGCUUCCCAACUCCACAGAGCGAGCCAUCACCAUCGCUGGUACUCCCCAGUCGAUAAUUGAGUGUGUGAAGCAGAUCUGUGUGGUCAUGCUUGAGUCUCCCCCUAAGGGGGUCACUAUCCCCUACCGACCCAAGCCUUCAGGAUCCCCCGUCAUCUUUGCAGGCGGACAGGCAUAUGCCGUACAAGGACAGCACGCGAUUCCACAGCCAGAUUCUUCCUCUGCUGCUAUCUCUCCACAGCUCACCAAGCUUCACCAGCUGGCUAUGCAGCAGAGCCCCUUCCCCAUCGCACCAAGCAACCAGGGAUUUACUGGGAUAGAUGCUUCUGCUCAAACCAGUUCCCAUGAGAUGACCAUUCCAAAUGAUCUUAUUGGGUGCAUCAUCGGCCGCCAGGGAGCCAAGAUCAAUGAGAUCAGGCAAAUGUCAGGUGCCCAGAUCAAGAUUGCGAAUCCAGUGGAUGGAUCGACUGACCGCCAGGUCACCAUCACAGGCUCCCCUGCCAGCAUCAGUCUGGCAGAGUACCUCAUCAACGCCAGUGUAGAGUCCUCUAAACCUCCUCCCUCCUCCUCCUCCUUGAACCCUGAACAGACCAGCCCGUGCCCUCCCUCCACCUCUACUACUACUACUACCACUACUACUACUACUACUACUACCACCACCUCCUCUGCUGCUACCUCCUCCUUCUCUUCCUCCUCCUCCUCUUCAUCCUGUGUGGUGCCCCCCUCAGCCUCCAUCCCUCUGUCCUUGUUGGCUCCAGGGCCGCCUCCUCCCUCCUCUUCCUCCUCCUCUUCCUCCUCCACUGAUUCCCUGCUCCCCAGCUCUCCUGCCUGUGUGUCGAGUCUUCUCAGUCUCAAGCCCCUCCCUCUCCUGGCCCUCCAUGUUGUCAGCGGGGCCAGUAACCCUGCACACCCAAUUCCCACUGAGCCCAAAAUCGCCCCAGAGCUGAGCUCCAAGUCUAAAAGGCGAAGGCUCUCCCCUUACUAACGAAGGAAACAUAAGUCAUCUACUAUUUAAAGUACUGACAAUGCUCUUUGUUGUCUGUACCUGCACUUGCUUUUGUAUCUGGCUGUGCCAUGCCAUGCUUACUACAGAAAACAAAUGCACACAAACAAGUGUUACACAGCCAGAUAGAUGGUUGCUGCCAUAUUUAUAAAAUAGAUAUCUGUAGCUUGAUUUGGCCUAUCUCUUAAAGAAAUGACAUGUUGAGUGCAUUAUAUUUUUAAAUGACUUUGAACUUAGCAUGGACAAUUAAUUAUUUCACUGAUUUACUGAAGCAUUUUUCUCUUUUGUGUAAGCUCUGCUCAGGUAGCGGCUCUCUUUAAGAUGUCACAUUGUGCUUAUGAGAAUAGUUUUCUUGUAGUGACUAUUGUUAGUGGUCAUAAUGGAGAGUAUAUGUAUCAUGAUUUUUGCUUAUGUAAGAAGCAAUUGUAAUUUCAAUUCCAAGUAAAUCUGCCCUCAGGUAUCAAAGGCACCAAACCACCCUUUAUUUAGAUAAUUUUGUUGAUAUGAAAAUAAAAAACAUCCAACCAGUUUAGCUUCAUUUUGGGAAAUGCUUAUUCGCUUUCUUGUUGAGUUAGAUGAGACAAUUAAUACUACUCUCAUGUCUGUACAGUAAAUAUGUAGCUAGAGCCAGCAACUGGUUCGUUUAGCUUAACACAAAGACGGGAAACGGGGAACAGCUAGCCUGGCUCUGUCCAAAGGUAACAAAAUCCAACUGCCAGAACUUUUUUAAAGAUUAGUAAUCAACAUGUUUUAUCUAGUUUGUGUAAUCCAUACAAAAGCCAAGGUGUAAAAACGACACAUGGUUUUACGGGAGUUAUGCGUCAGACACUCUCUUGGCCACGAGCGGUUACUUCCUGCAGUGUCGGCUGGUUGCCUAGCAACCUCAAAGUGACGACAAGACUUCAGGAUGUUUGAUGAUUUAAGUAUGAUAUUUUUGUAUGUAUUAAACAAACAAGAUACAAUGUGUUCAUUAGUGAGCUUUUAGAGGUGCUGUUAGAGCCAGGCUAGCUGCUUCCACCUGUUUCCAUUCAUUAUGCUAAGCUAAGAUAACUGGUUGCUAUCGAUCUUCUCCUCUAACUCUCUGCAAGAAUAAAUAAGCGUGUUUCCCAAGAUGUUGAACUAUUUCUUCAAACCAGCUCCAUAACCAAACUAUUAAGUAUCAGUUUGAGAUCUGACUCUGUACAGCUGUUGAGAAGAGUUAUCAGUGACAACUGGAGCGGCCAAACUGGACUAAUGAUCUUUUUUUGUUCUAGCAUACAUUUCCUAUUUAAUAAAUCCAGAUGAUCUCCGUAUCUAGCAUUUUAUUCUAAUAAUGUAAUGUACAGUAAAUGACAUUUAUCCUGUCUGUCUGAUUGCAUGCCUUAUUCUCUCUCCCUCCCUGCUCUCCGGGUGUCUGUUUCUCCAGGCUUUCCUCUGAGGCCACAGGACUGGCAGCCAACUGAUAAGACACUGCAUCUGCACUAAAUCUCACUUUUUAUAUCAUCGGCUACCAUAAAGCAGUCAAUGCAACUAUCCAACUUAAGAGUUUAUAUAUUAUACCACCUCUUCAUCAUUUGAAAUCAUGUCAUCCGCCUCUGAUUUGAUCCGCUGAGUUCAUUAUUUAUUUUCUUUGUUUUGGUUUUAGUCAAAAGAAGUAAAUAAUUAGGUUUUUAAUUCCCUUUUUGAGUCGAGUUGGAGGUUUUAAUGAUUUGUUAUUAGACUAUCUUUUUUUUUUUCUUUGAUGGAUCCUUCGCUCUCUUCCCUUUUUUCUUUCUUUGCCAUCACAGAGGAGUAGAGUUGGAAAACUCUGAAUAGACAUAUAGAUUUAGUUCUGUACAGUCAGUUUUUUUCUUUAAAAAGGAAAAGACAAAAAAGGAAAAAUUAAAAAAAAGUAUCAAAAAUAAGAAUAGAGUGACAGUUUUAUUCUGUGUUUAUAUACACGCCCCCUUUUCCUCACCCAGUUCCACAAGUCAGUCAGUCUGUUUCAUGUCCAUACUCACUUGCUUUAAAUAUACACAGCAUUCUCCCCCUUUGUCACCUUUUCAAGUGCUUGUAACAUGGAUUACAUUGUCACAGAAGACGUUACAUAGCUGUACAUGCACUGUCACUGAUUAUAUUUGGUUAUGACGACAAAUGUUCUAACACUCUCAAUUGAAUUUAUCCAGAUAAUUUAAAAUGUGUAUUACUACGUGUGUCUUUUACGCCCCUGUACAUGUCAUUCCUGUUUUUCCCCUCUCCUGGUCCUGAGAUCAUGUGUUGAUAUUUUGCUGGGAUGGGAGUUUUUUGGGGUUUGGGCUUGGCUCUAGGGAUUGGAAGCAGAGGGUUCUCCUCGCUUUUUUUGUAAAGACUGAUAUAUACUAAAAAAAAAAAAAAAUAAAAAAAAAAAGUUGGAAUAUUUGUUUUAAAUGAAGGAAAUAUUUUUUUUUAACUACCAAAGGGGGGAUUAACUCCUGGA